GUUGUAGGCAGUUCCCAUCAUUUCCUUAUUUAUGGCUUAAUUCCUUUGGAACCGGUGGAUCCAGUUGAGUAUUCGCCCUAGCCUGACAUCGAUUAACCCAGGUGUUGAACAGGCACAGGUUUCACUUCACUAUGUCAAAGCAGUUUCAGAUCAGAGGAAGAAAUCUAAUAGUUGGGGGGGAAAAGCGCUUAGACGCGUGUGAAAUGGAAAAGCUGACGGGCUUGUUCGGCGCAAAGGAAGUCACCAAAACAUACAAACCCAAGCUUGCUUCCUAACUUUUUUCUUCUUUUUUUUUCGUUUUGGUGCAAGAUCGUCCCCUGUUUGUGACCAAUAUGAACUCCAGUUGAACAUGACAGUCAUCAGAGGACUUCAUCAUCACAGUAGAGACUGAAAAGCCUCUGUCAUUGGAAAUAAUCGAUUGUUUUUACGCAAGGACACUUAUUUGCGUUUUCACAGGGGGGAGACCAAACAAAAAGUUCUGCUCCCUGAAUAUGGACAUGGAGGCGUCGAAUGGCUAUAUUGCAAGUAACGGCGACUGCUCUCCCAGGAAGGAGAACUCGAGAAAGCUGGUGGACCUGUCGACCAGCACACCCAAUGGCCAACGUUCCCAAAGUCCUGAUUCCCCUGCUGCACGCACAAUCAAACAAGAGGAAGGUACUGAGGAGGAGACGGAGAGAAGGCCGGAUGAGGCGGGACACAGCGGUGAAGAAGGCUCUGGAUUGGAGGAGCCCAUGAUUGACAGCCCAAAUAACUUACAAGAUGCUGGGCCAGGAACAGAAGUGCAGAGUGAGACGGGGAUAAGACUGCCAAAUGGUGACCGGCCGUUCCAGUGUAACCAGUGUGGGGUUUCAUUCACUCAAAAGGGCAACCUACUGAGGCACAUCAAACUCCACACGGGAGAGAAGCCCUUCAAAUGCCCGUUCUGCAGCUACGCUUGCCGCCGCCGCGACGCCCUGACUGGUCAUCUGCGCACACACUCAGUGGGCAAACCACAUAAGUGUAACUACUGUGGGCGGAGCUACAAGCAGCGCACGUCAUUGGAGGAGCACAGAGAACGGUGUCAUAAUUACUUGCAGAGCGUCGGCAUGGACUCUGCCUCCAAUCCUGGCCCGUAUCCAGGGGAGGUACCAAAGGAGCAGAGGCAGCUGGAGGCCGCUGGGAUGGCGGCUUUCGACCGGCCUCCUGUAAUUGAAAGACUGCAGGGGAAUGUGGGUAAACGGAAGAGCACCACGCCACAGAAGUUUGUGGGUGAGAAAAUGGUUCGCUAUUCGUACCCCGAGCUGAGCUAUGAGAUGGGCCCUAAGUAUGAGAAGGAAGCUGAGGUAAUGCAUGCCCAAUUGAUGGACCACUCCAUUACCAAUGCCAUCAACUACUUGGGCGCCGACUCCUUGAGGUCUGUGGUUCAUCACCCAUCCCUCUCCAUGGCCGAAGUGCUGCCUAUGGUGAACCCGCUCUUCCAUCCGAUGUACCCGCUUGGGCCCCGCAUGGACCGUCUCAGCAGUCGCGAGCCUCUGUCUUUGCCCCACCCGAACCCAGAGUUCCCACACCCAACCAAUGGCGCGAUCUCCUUGGUAAGGCCCAAGAAUCCUCAAUCGGCCCGAGACGGGUCCCCGUGCAACAGCGGACAGGAUUCGGCCGAUUCGGCACGGAGCAGCCCCCGGGACAAGCUUGGCGGGGCCGGGCCCAGAACGAGAUCCAGCCCGGGGUUUGGCCGGGCAGAGGAAGGCAGGGCGAUCGAUGCCGUCCGAGUCGCCGCCAGGGACAGCGUCCGCGUCUUCAGCCGCGAAGGCCAGGAGCUGAGGGUGUUCCAGUGCGAACACUGCCGCGUCCUGUUCCUGGACCACGUCAUGUACACCAUCCACAUGGGCUGCCACGGUUACAGAGACCCCCUCGAGUGCAACAUCUGUGGCCACUGCAGCAAAGAUCGCUACGAGUUCUCCUCGCACAUCGUCCGUGGAGAACACACCUUUCGUUAAGAAUCCCACGCACUCUCGCAGUCAGUUUACUGCCGAAGCAUUACGUGAGCACCGAUCGGCAGAUAUAUGAAGGUUUGGGUCCAAUAGAAAGUUUUCAUGUUGGAGCUGUUUGAAGAUUUUUGUUCUGGGAUGAGUAUGUUUAUGUUGUGAAUGUUUUUCGUAUUAAAGUUCUUUUUAAUUUUUUUCACCCACACAGUUUAUUUUUGCAUAUGUACUGAACCUUCCAACAGAGCAGCUAUGUGUUAUCUAAAGUUGUGAAGUUCUUUCUCUUUUUUUGUCAUCUGUAUUACCUCGAUGCAUGCUGUCAUUCUGUUUAUGGACCUUGAUCAAUAUUACAGGUAAACCGAGCAACCAGAGGACCACUGGAGAACUAAAAGACUUUAAUUCAGAGCUUCUUGCUGCUGUGGCUUCUUAGUGCCUUGCUAAUGUUUCGAACGGCACGAUUUUGCCUUUUAUGGAGUGUUUUGUAUCGUUUUAGCGUCUUUUUUCAUUGCUCGCUCCCUUUCGAUGAAGUUCCGGGGCGUAUGAGCUGAAGCUUCGGUACUCAUGCUAAUGUCCUCAUGUCAGUGCUAUUCUAGUUUCAAAAAAGCAGUCCUGUAGGGUGGCACAAAUCUUUCAGACACAUUUUAAUGAAGUGAUGAUGACAAUCCCCCUUGUGUCUCGUAGAUUUUAAAGGGAGACUUUUGCCGUGCUAAGGACAGAUGAGUUUUCCACGCUGUGUUUUGCUGCUGUUGCACACUUACUAUCAUCUCUUGCGUUCUUAUGCACUUCGCUGAAAACAGCACUGCGACAUGCCUUGAUAAACCUGUUUUUGCACUAUUAGCUUGAGGCCUUGGGCGAAAAUAUGCUAUUUCCAUUCUAUUGAUAAAGCGAACAAAGGUCAGUGUGUAGUUUAGCUAGUAUAAUGUCAUCUGUGAUUCAAAAGGGAACAAGUCUGCACCUAUAUGCUUUAUAUGCUAUAUGCUUUAACAACAGGGUUGCCAUACUUUGGAUUGAAAUCUGUGAAUUUCAUUCAGCCUUCAGACCAAAUGCCUCAUUAUUAAUGCCUCGUUAAAUCCAACUCCUCUGACUGUCUUCAGUGUUAACUCAAAAAAGAGUUUAGAUUUUAUUGUUUUCUUUUUUUUUUGGCCCACGCAUGGACCUACAGUAUGUGUUUUAUGUUGAGCUUUCUAAGAGCUAAGAUCUGAAAUAUGCACUUGCAUGCACUGCAUAUGCAUUUUUGGUUAGACUCUGGUUAGCUAAUACAUUUGAUCAUUUAAGUAACCGUUGCACAAUGACAACUGACAAAAAAAUCUGCCAGGUAACAGAACAAGGCAGAUCUUUAGAAUAAAACAACAACUUUUAUAGAUGUUAGACGAUUGCCAUCGAGAUUUCAUCACUAACCCGAACUGCACAAGAGCUUUAGAAGAUAAAACGCGGUUUAUUAAUCAGACAAUGUUUCGCCCCCUGAACAAUUUUCCCAUGCUUGAUGCAGAGACUUUUUUCACUUUGUUUUCAGGGCAUUAAAAUCAGUUGUAUGUAGACUGUUUUGAAUGUACACGUAGCCGUUCAUUCUCCUUUCCUGUUUCUCUUCCCUUCUUUCUUUUUUUCUUUAUUCAAUGUUGAUGAAUAUUUACAUCAAGCAUUCUGUAGCACAACCAUAAAUCCAGCUUUAAUCAAUGCAUAUGGCUUAAAGUGUACAACCGCAGCCUUCACGACGUUCAGAACCUCCCCUGCACAUUUGUUGGGCUUUUAUGUCAGCGCUAAAAGAGCCUUACAUCACUAUCAGACUUUGUUGUACCUAUUGUUUUUUAAAGCUUUGCUUUUGUCUUUUCUGCGUUGAGAAAAACUCCAAAAAACUGUGAAUAUGCCCUUUAAACGUUAUGAGGAAAAAUAUUUAAAAGGCACAACAGCACUGAUAGAAAUGCAUUCAUAUUGUUUGAACACAUCAUUUUAUUGUUUGUUAAAAUAUAGCUUUGCCUUUUACACUUCCAAAAAAUGUCACAGAUCUCACACACAUACCGCCUGAAACAUUUUGAAGAAUUUUAUUUGUUCUUGUGAAGCAUGAAUAUCUUUAUGCAUUUUAGAAAUUUUUUUUUUUUUGAUUGGUGUCACAUUGAAUGUGCUCCACAAUUCCAGGGCAUUUUAUAUAAUUAUUAUCAAGCGACAUUGUUUUUGUUUUGUUUUUUUCUAAAAAAGGAACAAGGUGAAGGAAACGUUGAUGUAAGACUAUGUUUACAACCCGAAUGAACAAGAGCACAUGAACAAAACCUGUUCUUACGACGAGUCCACACUUUUGGGAGUGGAGAGUACUUGAAAUUACAAGAAAGGCACUCUAGAGUCAGGUUUCACUUUUUACAUUAAAGUGUAUGGGACUGCUAUUUUCUCAUCUGUGUAAAUAUAUAUUUUUUGUGAGAGAAAGGUGUUUUUUAACUCUUCUUAUUCACUGUGGACCUUACAAACAGUAAGACAAGGGUUUGCAGUGUAUUUUUAUAUAAGUGAAAAAAUGUAUGAAUUAUAUACAGUAUAUUUUGGUAGAAAUGUUGAAAUGGGGUUAUCUUUUGCUGUGUGUCUGUUCGCUUUUUUGGGUUUUCUCAGGUACAGUGUUGUCAAAAAUCUUCUUAUAAGGCAUUUGUAUGGAACUGUUGGAGAGAUUUGAAUAAAUAUUGAAUUGUUUAGUACUAUUUGACUUGAAAUCCAAAGUCAAAUAUCCAAAUAAAUAUAUAUUUUAAAGAUAGGAAUCUUAUAAGUAAGACCAAGGUUUACUGUUGUAAAACUUUCUAAGGUUAACUUUUGUAACCUUGGCAUCUUUAAGGAAAGUGUGUGUCGUUCUAUGUUGGUUUUUAAAGCAUGGGCUUUUCUGCAUUAAAUACUGUCAUCAUCUGAA